UCAGUUGACGAGCUGUUGACGAACCAGUUAGACGGGGCCGGGCAAUUGGCAUUGCCUGAUAAGUGAGCGCUUACCUUGCCCCACCUGCCACCCUGCACACCCCACCCAAACAAAAACCGAAAUAAGAAACAACAUUCUCGAUAAGAACAGGCAAAACAGAGCGCCACAAAAACAGUUGCACCCCACUGUUCGGUGCGAGAACAACACCAGCAGACAGCAGAGCCCCCCCGAAAGCAGAGUCAAGUGGAAAUCUUUUAUCAGAAUGCCUGAUAACAGCAAUAAAUUCUGCACUAGCCAUAAUGUGCGCAUACCGGAGUGGGUCAACGAGUCGUACUUCAAGAAGCUGCUGAAACGUGAGCUGAGGGAAUUUCGACGCAUCUUGAAUCUCUCAAUUAUACCGGCCACGCCUCCGGGCGAGACCUAUACAUCGCUGCUGAUGCGCAUUAUCGUCGACAUUGAAAUGAAAGACGGAUUCUCACAGCAGAAAUCGUACGUACUGAAGACCAUGCUGGACGAUGCCCAGGGCAAUGGGUUCGUCAACACCCUGAAUAUCUUCCCGAAGGAGAAGCAAAUGUACGAUCUGAUUAUACCACAAUUGGAGCAGCUGUACGAGCAGUCGGGCCUAACGGUGCAGUUUGCCCCGAAAUGCCACUGGUCGGAGAAUGUCAAUGGUCGCAUCUGCCUCGUCCAGGAGGAUCUCAAAACGAAGAAAUUUCGAAAUAUCAAUCGUCUCAAGGGCUUUGAUAUGCCGCAUAUGAGAAGGGUGCUCGAGAAACUGGCGGAAUUCCAUGCGGCGAGCGCUGUGUGGCGACAGCGGAACGGCCCAUUUCCGGAGGAUUUCCAACGUACUUACCUGCCCGCCAACUACAACAAAUCCAAGUCAUAUCAGGCCCGUGUCCAGAGCUACAAGGCGGCCAUGGCCAAAUGGGGUCUGGCGGAACAUGAACAGUACGUGAGUCGCAUUCCCACAGCCGAUCAAUUUGUGCAGUCUGUGGCCCGUUGCUUCAACAGCAAUCCCCAGGAGUUUAAAGUACUGAAUCAUGGGGACUUUUGGUCCAGUAACAUAAUGCUAAGCUAUACCCAAUCCGGGGAGAUCAAUCAACUGCGCUUUGUGGACUUUCAACUGUGCAAGUGGGGCAGUCCCUCGCAGGACCUGUGGGAGCUGAUCAUCUGUUCGGCCCACCAUAGCAUAAGGAUCAAGCACUUUGAUUGCUUCGUUAGGAUCUAUCACGCUUAUCUGGUGCGCUGCCUGAAGAUUCUCAACUACAACGAACGGAUGCCACUGCUAAGGGAGCUCCACAUGAGCAUGCUCAAGUAUGGUUUCUGGGGUUACUUUACGACCUUUACCCAUCUGGUGUUCAUCCUUCUGCCCGUCGAUACGGAGGCGAGUCUCCAGUCCCUAAUGCAGGCGGACGAAGAGGGUGAUCGCUUUCGCUCCAAGGUCUACACGAAUCCCCUGUACGUCCGCUCUGUUCUCAGCAUAUUUCCCUUCCUCUAUAGGCGUGGCAUUUUAGACUUUUGAAUGCGAUUCUACUUAAAUAUCUUAUAUGUAUAUAUAUGUAUAUAAUUCUACUGUAUCUUGUGGAGUGACUUUGGCUAUCUUAAAGAUUUAUCUUUUGUUUAGCUGCGGCAAUGCUUGUCUAUUAUACUUUUUAAGAAAAUAAGCCAAAGAAAUCCAGUGGGUUUUUGUUUUUGUUUUCGUUAGUACGCGCGUUGCCUUCUUAUCAUUAUACCCUAUUGAAGGAGAGUCUUAUGGAAAUUCCAAUAGAGUUGGAUAUAACUUUUUACAGAGACUGUCACAACAGCUGUUUGCAUUUAUAUCAUGUCAAAGCAUUUCCAAUUAUUAUCUUUGGAGCGAGAGCGCGUGUGAUGUUUGAAUAAAGCGAGGCAAUAGUUCCGUUCCACAAUGCGUAUACGUUCCAUAUAACUGAUCGCAUGCCACCCACUUUUGUUGUUCCACACGCAAGCCAAAACACACUCACACCAAGGCACCAAAGUUUACUGUGAGCAGCAGAGCGCAAGGUGUUUUUAUAUUAGGUGAGGAAAAGAGCGAGCCCUUGUUUUUCAUUGCCUCACCUCACG